GUCAUAAUUGGCUCCUGAAUUAAUCCGACGGUCACCAGUCCCACUAAGGUCUCAGCUAUGAAAUGAAUAUUUAAAAAGAAGAAACACGAACAUAGAGAGGCAGGCAACAGCAGCAAAUCUCUCUAAAAAAUGGCGUCUCUGACUUCAUCAUCACAGGCUUCUUUCCUCUCUCGACCUUCAUCGAAUCGUUCUUCUCCUCCCCUCCUUCCUACGGAUCACCAUGUUUCCCUUUCUCCGCGAGAUCUCCCUUCUUUUUCCGCUCUCAGAGCCUCCUUCACUCGAUCUUCCUCCCCUACGCUCCGCCGCAGCCGCCUCCUUCCGAUAUCCGCCGCCGCGACUGACGUGUCGCUGGUAGACACAUCGGUCAAUACGAUCAGGUUCCUGGCGAUCGAUGCGGUCGAGAAAGCCAAAUCGGGUCACCCGGGACUGCCUAUGGGAUGUGCCCCAAUGGGUCAUAUAUUGUUCGACGAGGUGAUGCAAUACAACCCGAAGAACCCUUACUGGUUCAACAGAGAUCGUUUCAUUUUGUCUGCUGGUCACGGUUGCAUGCUCCAGUACGCCCUGCUUCACCUCGCUGGCUACGACAGUGUCAGGGAAGAUGAUUUGAAGAAUUUUCGUCAGUGGGGAAGUAGGACUCCAGGACAUCCCGAGAAUUUUGAGACUCCUGGUGUUGAAGUCACCACUGGUCCACUUGGGCAAGGAAUUGCAAAUGCUGUUGGUUUGGCACUUGCGGAGAAGCAUUUGGCUGCCAGAUUCAACAAACCUGGCAAUGAGAUUGUCGACCAUUACACGUAUGCUAUUCUCGGAGAUGGAUGUCAGAUGGAAGGAAUUGCAAAUGAAGCUUGUUCUCUUGCAGGGCACUGGGGUCUGGGGAAGCUCAUUGCCUUUUAUGAUGACAACCACAUUUCUAUUGACGGUGACACGGAGAUUGCCUUUACCGAGAAUGUGGAAACACGUUUCCAGGGUCUUGGUUGGCAUGUUAUAUGGGUCAAGAAUGGAAACACCGGUUAUGAUGAAAUCCGUGCUGCCAUUAAGGAAGCUAAGGCUGUUAAAGACAAACCCACUUUGAUCAAGAUAACUACAACAAUUGGUUAUGGAUCACCAAACAAGGCAAAUUCUUACAGUGUUCACGGAAGUGCACUGGGUGAAAAAGAAGUUGAUGCUACCAGAAAGAAUCUUGGAUGGCCAUAUGGGCCUUUCCAUGUUCCUGAAGAUGUCAAGAGCCACUGGAGUCGUCAUAUCCCUAAAGGAGCUGCUCUCGAAACAGAAUGGAAUGCUAAGUUUGCUGACUAUGAGAAGAAGUACCCACAAGAAGCUGCAGAACUGAAAUCUUUAAUUACUGUUAACUUACCUACUGGCUGGGAAAAAUCAUUGCCGACUUACACGCCCGAGAGUCCUGCAGAUGCAACAAGAAACCUCUCCCAACAGUGUCUUAAUGCCCUUGCAAAGGUUCUUCCUGGGUUCCUCGGUGGGAGUGCUGACCUUGCUUCAUCCAACAUGACAUUGCUCAAAAUGUUUGGGGACUUCCAAAAGAACGCACCUGAAGAGAGAAACCUUAGGUUUGGUGUCAGGGAACACAGCAUGGGAGCUAUCUGCAAUGGCAUUACCUGUCACAGCCCGGGGCUCAUCCCUUACUGUGCUACAUUCUUUGUCUUCACAGAUUACAUGAGAGCUGCCAUCAGGCUCUCUGCCCUGUCUCAAGCAGGGGUUAUCUACGUAAUGACCCAUGAUUCAAUCGGUCUUGGAGAAGAUGGACCGACUCACCAGCCUAUAGAACAUGUGGCGAGCUUCCGUGCCAUGCCCAACAUCUUGAUGCUGAGGCCAGCGGAUGGAACUGAAACCGCUGGGGCAUACAAAGUUGCUGUAGAGAACAGAAAGAGGCCUUCAAUCCUGGCUCUGUCCAGACAAAAGCUGCCUCAUCUACCUGGAACUUCGGUUGAGGGAGUGGAGAAGGGGGGAUAUGUAAUCUCAGACAACUCCACAGGUAACAAACCAGACGUAAUCCUGAUGGGGACAGGGUCGGAGCUAGAGAUUGCUGCAAAGGCUGGAGAGAAGCUGAGAGAAGAAGGAAGAGCAGUGAGAGUAGUGUCACUGGUGAGCUGGGAGCUGUUUGAUGAACAAAGCGAAGAAUACAAAGAAAGUGUGUUACCUUCAGAGGUUUCAGCAAGAGUGAGCAUUGAAGCAGGGUCGACCUUUGGGUGGGAGAAGAUGGUUGGCUCCAAAGGAAAAGCCAUCGGUAUAGACAGUUUUGGAGCAAGUGCACCAGCCGAUGUGCUGUACAAGAAAUUUGGACUCACGGUUGAUGCGGUUGUUGCAGCCGCUAAAGACCUUUGCUAAGCUAAGCUCUCUAUUGCACAACAUCAUCAUAAAAGACAUUUUCUACGUAGUGUUUGUGCCUUUCCACAUGCAUUUACCCGAACUCACUCACUAGUCACUAUAAAUCAAUAUCGUUAAU